CCAACUCACUCGGCAGCUGCCAUGCUUAGCAGGGGGAAUUUGGGGUUCGGUUGUGGCCUACUUAUACAUCUUUGCAAUCGGCCUCCAAUGUGUGCACCCCUGUGCCUGCAGAGCUCUGACCGACAACCCCGAGGCCGGUGGGUUUGCAGCUUGCACACUUCCUCAAAGAUGCUCACAAAAGAUGCCGCAUCUUUUCAGCCCAAAGGGAAGCUGGGAGGUGGGGGUUGGGAGAGAGAGACCCCUGGCUUGGAGUCACCUUCUGCUUCCUGCCCUCAACGUUGCCACCCUGCAGCUCAGAGCAAACGGCAGACUGGCACGGCUCCUUCGGCAGAGCUCGGCUGGCGGAAGGCCUGAUUGGCGGAGCGAGCCGGGGCUUCCUCGAAUCAAACCACGGUUAGAAAUGGAACAGCCAAGGCAAGCGGAUGCUCCAUUGGCGGAGAAGGCCCACCCCCCCCUCUAGGAAUGCUGGCUCUGUUGCUAUGGCAGCAGCCGAAAACUGCCCCUUCGGUCUUUUUAACUCCCGUCCUUGCAAUUUGCUGGAAGGAGCUAACCAGACCCGGAGCAGCUGCUGGGUGGGAUUGUGAUUUAAAUUCCAAAUCUUUUUUUGGGGGGGGGGGCAUUGCUUAUUUUACAUUCCUCCAAUCAUCAUUCACCGUUGAGGAUGCCCCAGUUUGUCGAGUUCCCACACUGCAUCAAGCCAGCAGCAUCCUGCUUUUGCGUUCGGCGCUGUUUAAUAUUUCGUGUUUAAGGCUUAGUCGGUUGUGUGGGCACUCCUGUUGGUUGCUCAUUGGAGAAGCCAGGGUUGACUUCAUGGAUCAAUUUGAUACCCUCGAAAAACACACCCAGUGGGGUAUCGACAUUCUUGAAAAAUACAUCAAAUUCGUCAAAGACCGGACGGAGAUCGAGAUCAAUUAUGCAAAGCAGCUUAGGAACCUCGCAAAGAAAUACCAGCCCAAAAAGAACUCCAAAGAAGAGGAUGAAUACACGUAUUCAUCUUGUCAAGCUUUCCUGGCGACUUUGAACGAAAUGAACGAUUACGCCGGUCAGCACGAGGUCAUUUCAGAGAACAUGACUUCCCAAAUCACCAUGGAGUUAGCCCGUUAUGUACAAGAACUCAAGCAGGAAAGGAAAUCGCAUUUUCACGACGGACGGAAAGCGCAACAACACAUAGAAUCCUGUUGGAAACAGCUGGAAUCGAGCAAGCGACGAUUCGAACGGGAUUGCAAAGAAGCCGACCGGGCGCAACAAUACUUCGAGAAGAUGGACGCGGACAUCAACGUCACGAAAGCAGAUGUCGAGAAGGCACGCCAGCAAGCCCAGCUCCGUCACCAGAUGGCCGAAGACAGCAAGGGAGAGUACCUGUCCACGUUACAGAAAUUCAACCACGAGCAACGAGAGCAUUACCACACGCAUAUCCCCAAUAUUUUCCAGAAAAUCCAAGACAUGGAAGAGAGACGGAUCAUCAGAAUAGGGGAAUCCAUGAAAACGUUUGCCGAGGUGGAUCGUCAGGUGACGCCGAUCAUCGGGAAGUGCCUGGAUGAGAUCACCAAGGCAGUGGAUUCCAUUGACCCAAAACACGAUUCUCAGCUCGUGAUCGAUGCCUUCAAAUCCGGAUUUGAGCCCCCGGGAGACGUUGACUUUGAAGACUUCACUCAGCCAAUCAAGCGAGCCGUUUCCGAAUCGAGUCUCUCGAACUCCAAAGAGAGCAAAUCCGAAUCCAGAUUUUCGAGCAAGUCCAAGGGCAAAUUAUGGCCAUUCAUCAAAAAAAACAAGCUUAUGUCCCUUUUAACACCCCCCUAUCAGCCUCCUCCUCUGCCCCCUUCCUCUGCCUCGCCUUCUGCUCUUCCAAAUGGCCCUCAGUCCCCCAAGCAGCCAAAGGAGCCCCUCUCCCAUCGCUUCAACGAGUUCAUGACCUCCAAACCCAAAAUCCACUGCUUCAGGAGCCUAAAGCGCGGGCAACAGUCUCAAUCUUUAUACUUUGACAAAGAACACAUGAAGAGGCGAUUAGGCAGAGCCACCUAUGCCGUGGAGGCUAGGGAGUACAUUCUUUCCCUGAAGCUGAUAACUUUGAAUAUGCAGGUCUGGAAUUUAAUGGAGGGAGGAGGACCAGAAGAUUAUAGCAACCUUCCCCCGGAGCAACGGAGAAAGAAACUCCAGCAAAAAGUGGAUGAAAUCAACAAGGAUAUUCAGAAGGAGCUGGAUCAAAGAGAGGCCUUAACGAAAAUGAAAGACGUCUACAUCAAGAACCCUCAAAUGGGGGACGCAGCUAGCGUGGACAUUAAGUUAGCUGAACUCGGACAAAACCUGGAGAAGCUGAGGCUGGAAGUACAAAAAUUCGAGGGAUGGUUAGCGGAAGUGGAAGGUCGGUUACCUGUCCGGACGGAGGUAAUGCGCCGCCAGAGUGGAGCGUACGAGCCCCAGAGUAACACCUUGACCGUCACCAACUGCGUCCAGGACCGAGAGAGCAGUCCCGAUGGCGGUUACACAGAGGAACCCAGCCAGGAGAGUGAGAUGAAAACGCCGACGACCGAAUUUGAUGACGAAUUUGACGAUGAGGAACCGCUGCCCACCAUUGGCACCUGCAAGGCUCUGUACACCUUUGACGGACAGAAUGAAGGAACCAUUUCGGUGACGGAAGGAGAAACUCUCUACGUCAUAGAGGAAGACAAAGGAGACGGGUGGACUCGCAUCCGGAGGAACGAGGAUGAGGAAGGCUACGUCCCCACUUCUUACGUUGAGGUCUUUUUGGAGAAGAAUGCCAAAGAUUCCUAAAGGAAAAAUAGAAAAAAACCCACAAGUCAGUUGCUGUCACAAGAGCCUCGGGGAUGAGCUGGGCACACAGAAGAAAGAAACGGACGAUUGGAUUUUAUGAUUAUUUUGAAAUGUGUCCCGUUUUUUGAAACCCACUUCCGGCGUUGGCGAGCUUGGGAUGAAAGGGAGAGAGAAUUAAGGCACCGAAGCCCUCAACGGAAGGGGAAUUAAAGCGUCCUUCUGAAACUGUCCUUCAGGCUCAUUCUUCAUUGCUUCUUACGUUCACCUGCCUUUGAGCUGUGGCACCAACGGAUCCAUCGUCUUGGCUGGGCUCAAGCGAUCUCCACCACCGCUUACCGGAUCCAAACUCUGGGAUCCCCUCCCUUCUUCCUCCAGGGAAGGGAUGGGAUCAGCUGAUCGACGGUUUCCCCUUCCUCGCCUAUUUUCUCCUCGUCCCUCAAAGGAUUUUGCAAACAGGCCUCCUACACAGAAGAUGAAAAACGGGGAGACUUCGAAACCAAGGGAUUAGACGGAGGGUCUCGCCACUAGAUAGAAUUUAGGACUCGUCACGAAGCCUGACAUCGUACGUUCGGUCCACAGCUAAUUCACGGGCCUGAGGCUCAAAUAAUUUUUUUGUUUUAAUCUAGCAGAUCUAUUGGCCUUUGGCUAGGAGUGGGUGGGAUACUGUUUUAUUUCUUGAGGAGAAAAUGGAGGAGCUGAGAGGAUUUUCCCGUGGUGCUUAGAGCAGGAGAUGGACAUGUUUCCCAUUGGGAGUCCAUAGGACCUCUUGGGCCAUGUUGAGAAGAUUGACUUCCAUUGGUUAGGCCAAUGGCCAACCCUUCUUGAAGACCCUAGAUUGGAGAAGAAGUCUUUCCUUAGAAGUCGGGCAAGGUGCUUCUGGUUCUGCUUUCGCCAGGGGAGAACGCAAAAAGGGCAUUCCCUCCCAGCUGGGUGAAUGGCUGUGUUUGGUGUGACUCUCACACCAUAUCUCCUUUCACUCACUCCAUCUGUCCAUCACACCCAGAUCCAGAGGAGGUUCGUUGGAAAGAGAACAGGCUUCUAGAGCAGAGACUCAUGUAGAGUCACAGAAGAUACCUCUUGGUGGCCUUGAGAUCGCCCCCAAAUUAGUCCAGCUAAUUUGAUGGGCGUUCCUUCCAAGCCAGCCCAGGAGAACGCUCGGCUAUUCAAGUUGGAUUUGCAUCAUGCUAAGAACUAAUGGUCUGGCUUGGAUCCGGGGUUAGUGGUCAGCCAUGGUUUAUAGUGUAAACUGUCUCCCUUACCAAAGGCAUGUUGAAGUACAGUCUUAGCAUGAUGUGUAAAUCGAGCUGCAAACUUUGGCAAUCGAUGGAGAGAGCCCAAGGUGUGCCUUGCCCAAACCAAGCUACCCAUGGUUUAGGAACACCCUGCUUUGGUCCUGAGUUCAAGCCGUAUCAUAGAACCUGAAAGCUCGCAGAAAGAGAUUCAGAGGUUCCUGGUUUGGGGUUGCUGAGAUGGCCAAAUCCGAGGGAUCUUUUGAUACCCGUGGGGUUCACCAGGACUUCAGUUCCAAGCCUCACCUCCGCUAAAAGCCCAUGCAGCUCUCCUGCAGGAAGGGAAUUCAGAUUUCCCUUCUAGGAAGUGCCUAUGGAUAACAGGUUCUGUUCAUCCUACAGCCCCCUUACUAAGAAUUAAGGAUGUUUUUUUUUUCAGGGUCAGCUAUAGGAACGGUCUGAUGUAGGGUUUCUCAGCCUCGGGGUGGGGGUGGGGCUUUAAGAGCAGGUGGACUUCAACUCCCAGAAUUCUCAAGCCGGCCCAGAUGUUGAUCGAUUUAAUGUUGGGAGGCAUGGCCAAGAAAAUCUUGUCUGUUCCAAGACCUUGAACCUUUCUUCCUGCCUUUAUCUUGCCAACUCGGCUGGGCUGGCUAAGACGGUUUGCCAAUCGUAGGAAGCAGAUGGCACCGACCCGAAGCCUUGCUGAGCUUCCCGGGGAUCUGUUUGCCCAUCGGCAUGACUUUUUAUUUCGCUAAUAUUCUUUUAGCCACCCAACAUCUUUCAUGCAGAUCUUGAUUUCUUUCUCGUUUCGGCCUGUUUGUUCAGCGUUCUGUCCUCUCUGCGUCUCCCAGCUCACUUUUAAGCCCCUGUUUAAUCUCCUCCUUGUUCUUUUAAUUUAUUAAAUUAUUUUGCAUGGCGCCUCUCGAAAUCCACCCCACCCCCUCCCCUUUUCUCGCACGGCCAUUCCCACAUUUAUUUAUUUCAGCUUUUCCCAACCCCAUCCUUGCUUGCGGACUCCUACGUUGGGCAAGGGGUUGGACUAGAAGACCUCCAAGAUCCCUCCCAGCCCUUUGGCUCGAUGAUCCAUCUCAGCCAAAUUUCACUGUGAUUCCAGCCCUUCUCGGCUCUCGUCUGGUCUCAAGUUCCACCCCCAGUUUUUAAUUCCGUUUUGGGGCUACGCCAUCAAAUCCAAGUGGCGGCUUGGUCAGCGUCCCAAAAGAGCCGAAGAUCCUUCUCAAAAACUGGAGCCUUGUAGCAGAUUGGCCAAGAAGGUAAUUGCUGUGUGCCGAGUUCGAGAGACUGCCGGGUUUUGAACUCGUCUCUUCUCAGGAGGCUCUGCACUUUGGGGAGCCAGAAGGGAGCUGGGAUUGCAGCUUCAACUAGCUGUGCCUGCAACCCAAUUGGAAAGACAGACCAAUCUAUAAGAACAGGGACGGUGAAAUCUCAUUUCUCCAUCCAAAGAGGUGAAACCGAUGCGCUAGAAUUGAUUUUCCAAGGAAUUUUGUGGGAUUCCCUGCCUACGUUAAAAGCAUUGCCAAGAGAACUUGAAUUUUCCUGACAUUUUUUUGGGUGGAGAAGGUUGUAAGCAGAAAUGUGAAGAGUUGGAAGCUGAAGUAGACAUUGGAAACACCCUCCAAAUCGGCUAAACUUCUGAUCAAUGUCCGUUUGUGGAUAUAAUUACCCCAUUAUAACUCUUUCAACAUCCUCACCGUUAAAAUAUCUGGUGGAAGAAAAGCAAAACUUGACUGCUACGAACCUCAGCGAGCUAGGAACAAGUCUAGGAGUGGUCAGCUUGGAUUUGCUGAAGAUUGGGUGACCACAAGCCCAGGAAACUAAAUUGAGCCUCCAAUCUUGGGAACAGUCUACCUGUGGGGAACAAAGGGUGGGGGGGGGGGAAACAAAGGCACAGCCUUCUCUGGGCUUUGGUUUACUGCAGCUCUCAACCUGCAGCGUAUUUGGGGUGGGCAUGAAAAUUCAGGGAGGGGGGCAUUCCCCCCCCAAAAAAAUUGUUACCCUGGUGGGCCAGGCUAACCUCGCCCUGCCCCAAUCUCCCUCAAGCAGACUAGCCUUCCAGGUUUCCUACCUUACAGGGAGAGUUUGAGGAAGCCCAAAGCAAAAAUAGAAUAAAAUAAAGUUACAGCAUGAUUUGGGCAAGAUAGCUUUCCUAUUUGGUAUUCGAUUUAGGAAACUCCAGUUUGCUGAGUUAUUGGCUCGAAAAUAAAAUGACCUGAAAUUUUUCUUCUUCUUUUGCACCUGGGGUUCUCCAAAAUAAACAUCCCGACAUAGUUUAAAAUUCCCGAUUUUUUUUUUUUAAUUCUCCUUUCUCAAAUCUGGCGUCCUUAGAAAAGGACCUUUUGAACCUUUUUGGGAGCAAGUUCCCUUUUUUUCCCAAAAAUAAAAUCUUUAAAAAUGCUUCUUGUUUGGUGCAUCAAUGGAUCUAAAGAUCUCGCUAGAUCAUUCCUGAUCAGGAACGUCUAUGCGGAUGGAUGGAUAGAUAGAUAAGAUAGAUAGAUAGAUAGAUAGAUAGAUAGACAGACAGACAGACAGACAGACCCAACUUUAAUUUGUUUCCCACAAACCAAGGUUACAAUUGAUCCAUGGUUUCAAUCUCCUUUUUUUAUCCAGGUGCAAAGACUGAAAUAUAUAUACAUAAGACGAGCUCUGCCAUCAUUAAAUUAGGGAAGGACCUGCCAGAUCAGUUAUCAACUGCCCAGCUUAACAUUUUUUGCAAAUCUUGAGAUGACAUGGGUUUAAUUUGAAAAAAGAAGUGGAUUUAAAAUAUAAAGGAAGGGAAAGUUAUCAAUUCUUUUUUCAACCCUGGAAUAAGAGCAAAUGCCCAGGACUCGUUUUCUUUGAAACGGUUAUUUUUUCAUGCAGCAGUAGAGAAAAAUAAGGACAGAGAACUGUUAUCUGCCCUUAAAUUUUAAUUCUAUUAUUUUUUGGGUUGCCUAUUUUACUGGGGAUUUUGCUUCCCAAGGCUUAGUCCCUCUCCCCCCACCAAGAUGGCUGGGGGAAAAAAAAUACUUAGGAAAUCAUGGUGCCAAAAACGCUGAAUCCCAACCUGUGUUUUGACUUGGAAGGCUCGUUUUGAGAUUUAUUUAUUUUUUAAUUUCACCCCGGAAACUUUCGUACAUAUCGCGUAAUAAAUUGAAAUGUUUUCAAAAUCAUCCUGAUUCAGAAUAUUGUCCCUCAACCCCGGGGAACCCCAGAUAGAGACCCUAUGUUAGAAAAAAAAUAUAUAUAUAUAUAUUUGAAAAGUUUCAUCUAUGCUUAAAAAGCACGCAUGAAAUUUUAACGCAGGGCCUUAAGAGGUAUGAAUUUGAAGUAGGUAAGUAACACCACCAGUUUCUAAAAGGUUUUUCCUCUUCGAUUAGGAUCAGACUAAAAAGACGAGAUUAUCCUGGCCACUCAACUCAUCCUCUACUCUUGCUAACGCCCGUUCUUACCAUCUGUAAAUAGACGAGAGAGAAAAAAAAAAUAUUUACUGAAAAACUGUGUUUUAACGCUGAGUAUUUUUCAAAAAUUCUGCGUCCUUCGCAUCCCUCCUUCUCAUGCUUGAAGUGUCAAAAAGAUUUAAAGGAAAAAAAAAAACCCGCCAAAUUAUAUUUUAACAUAAAACGUCAAGCACUUUUAUUUUGGUUUUUCGUUUUUUUCGUUUGUUUUUUUUUUAAUGGUUUACUUCUGUGUGUUUAGGCACUGGAUUUCUUUUUUUAUGUAGGUUUUUUGGUGGCGACUUAAAUGUGUGUGUAUGUAUGAUUUUCCUAGCUGAAAAAAAAAAAACGUGUAAAGAAAAUCCGAGUUCUAGUGUUUUUUUGACUCAUUUUAUUUCUGGCGACAGAAUUCAAUCAAAUAAAGUGCUUCCAUUUGAAAGCGA